AAGGGACGUUUUACUAAUGUGUGUAUGAGCAGAGGGUGCUGUCUUGACUCUCAGAGGGUGUCAAGUGUUCUGCUGCAGAUAUGGAUCAGGUCACAACAACCACAGAAGAUUACUGGGACUUUAACUAUGAAGAUAAUUACACCUUGUCCCCUGAAACGAGCAGAACCGGUGCAGCGCCAUGCUUGCAGGGGGACAUCUACGGAUUUGCACAGAGCUACUCCCCCAUCGUUUACACCCUGGUGUUCCUCCUGGCUGUUGUAGGCAAUGUGCUGGUGCUGUGUGUGAUCCGACGCUACCGAAACUCUCAUAACGGCGGCGCCUGUGCCUUCUCUCUGACCGACACCUUCCUCCUUCACCUGGCCAUCUCUGACCUCCUGCUGACCUUCACCCUGCCCCUGUUCGCUGUGCAGUGGGCCCACCAGUGGGUGUUUGGUUUAGCAGCUUGCAAGAUCUCUGGUGCCCUCUUCUCCCUGAACCGAUACAGCGGCAUCCUCUUCCUCGCCUGCAUCAGCUUUGACCGCUACCUAGCCAUCGUUCACGCUGUCAGCUCUGGCUGGAAACGCAACACCUGCCAUGCCCAAAUUGCAUGCGCCCUCAUCUGGGUGGUCUGCCUGGGCCUGAGUGGGGUGGACAUUGUUUUUAAACAGGUAGUGAAUGUGAACACCGUGGGCCAGCAGAAGGCCCUCCUGUGUCAGGUGUGGUUUGUUGAUAACUCCACAGAGUGGCAGGUGGGGCUGCAGCUCCUCAGUGUGGUUCUAGGUUUCGGGCUCCCUCUGUUGAUCAUGCUCUACUGCUACAUCCGCAUCUUCAGGUCCCUGUGCAAUGCCACUCGCCGCCAGAGGCGCAAGUCCCUCCGUCUCAUCGUCUCCCUGGUGUCUGUGUUUGUCGUUUGCUGGGCACCAUACAACUGUUUCCAGCUGGCAGACAGUCUGCACAGGUUGGGGGCGGUGGCCGGAGGGUGCCACUUUGGCCGCGUGGUGGACAUUGGGACUUUGAUCACUGAGAGUCUGGGUCUGUCGCACUGCGCCCUCAACCCUCUGCUGUACGGCUUUGUGGGGGUGAAGUUCAGGAGGGAGCUGGUGAAUAUGUGCAAGGGGCUGCUGGGACAGAGAGGCUGGCUGGGGAUGGAGGGAUGGAGGCAGAGAAAGCCCAGGAAGCCGACGGGCUCAUUCAGCUCAGCGGACAGUGAAAACACCUCCUUCUCUGUCAUGGUGUGACACUGGUUAGAGAGACAAGAAGAAAGAGGAAGAUAUGUGACGGAUUUGAUGAAAGGAGAGAGGGACUAAAUGAAAAACAAAAAUGUUCUCAGGGGGUAAAAGUUUCUACCCAUUUCUACCAUCUUCAUUUCUGUGAUAUUUCUUUACCACGUGGCUGGUGGUUAAGUGCAGCUACAACAUAUUGUUUAUUUGUACUUUUUUGUUCCAAGAAUACUGUUGUAAAAUCAUGAAGUAAGAGUGGUACACAGAGAGCAGACUGACAUCUCCCACAUGCUGAUGCUGUCAUCGUAACAGGUUGUGAGAUCUCCCUGAAAUUCAGGGAAACAUCCUGAUUUCUUCAUAUUCACACAAAAGCUUGUUCAGCAUUUAAGAUGCAGCCUGUGGCUUCUGUCGUCAGACUCAUAUGUCACAUCCUCCACACUCAGCAGACUGUGUUCUCAUCACUCUCUGCUCUCGUUUGCAGCUGAUAAAAUAGUGAAAAUUGUUGUGUAAAUUUUACGUGUUGAAAUUCUGUUUCUUGCAGCCAAGUGUGUCAAGAUCUUACACUUUGCUUCAAAGAGGGAAUAACUUUCAAAAAAUAUUUUGUAUGUGUCACAUUAC